AUGCCUCACUACAAGCUCUACUAUUUCAACUCACGCGGGAACGCGGAGGUGGUUCGCCUCGUGUUCGCGCAGGCAGGAGUGGAGUACGAGGACAUUCGCCUCACGUCUGAGCAAUGGGCCGAGUUCAAACCUAAGACACCGUAUGGCUUCGUGCCAGUGCUGGACAUCGACGGGAAACUGAUAGGCGGUUCCAUGCCUAUCGCACGCUAUCUGGCUCGGCAGUUCGGACUAGCUGGAGAGGAUGACAUGGCCAGGCUCAUCCUGGAGAGUGCCGAGGAUGCCAUCGACGACUUCAAAGGAAAGAUGUCCGCUAUGUAUUUCGAGAAAGACGAAGAGAAAAAGGCGACGCUGAGAAAGGAUUUGCAAGAAAACAUCACACCAAAGAGUUUCGGUGCGUUGGAAAAGCUGGCUGCUUCCAACACUGCCACCAGCGAUGGUUGGUUUUACGGGGCCAAGGUAUCCUAUGUCGAUUUCCUCUUCACCCAUACCGUGGAAUACAUUCAACAAGAAGCUCCUAAUGUCCUCGAUAACUUCCCGACCUUGAAGAAGCUGACAGAGAACGUUAGGAAACUCCCCAACAUUGCCAAGUGGCUCAAGGAGAGACCUCAAACUCAACAUUAA